AUGAAUUUGAAGCACAGUGUGUCCAGUCCUUCAGCCGGAUGCUAUCGGUGGACAUACGUAACAGAGACGAUCCCGAUGACACUACCACUUGAGGUGGAUUUGCACGUUGCGGGAAUUGUCCACGUGCAUCUAGCAGAGCUUGCGAGCAAAGUGGGAAGAAUUUCAGACACACUAUAUUCUGGUGUUGCGGAGUCAAUAGAUGAAGUCCAGUCUUUUGUCCGUCUUAUGGCUCGGGAGCUUAAACACAGGAAGGAUUCGCUGGCAGCGACUCGCUACCUCCUUCACUGCGUUUGCCUGAAAAGCCGCUUCAAUCGCAGAUACACUUACCGGUGUUUUUUGAACUUAACCCGGCUGAAUUGCUUCCAGGCUGCAUCCGACAUAUGCCAUAUCCUCACAGUCUAUCGCCGUCACUACGGUCUCAAACGCACCCACGUCCAGAUGGUUCAUGUGAUCAUGGGAGCUGCAUUGAUACACGCUUACUUAUGUAGUGGUUUCACUGGGAAAGAAGAGCCUGCCGCCCAGGAAUUCCUCCUUAAUUGUUUGCAGGCCCUGGGCGAAAUGGGGCAAACGUACCGAACAGCUAUACGAGCACUUGAGAUUAUUGUUUUAUUGAGAAACAAUUGGCGCAAGACAGCCCUUAGUAGCUGUCUGGCCACUGACUCGAAUGUAUACGGCGUGUGCACGAUCGGCAUUCUGCCAAGCUUAGAAUCCAUUUCCGUGAAUUCCGUGGAGUUCUGGCCAUGGCACAACCAAUUGAAACGGAUGUGUUCCGAGAUGCCCUUUACCGAAAGGAAGCUCGAAGCUUCUACAAACACGUGUCUGAAACACAAAAUCUGA